AGUCGGGGCUUUCGCAGCGCCGGGACUAGAGAGACAGCGGAGCUGGGUCCAUCCUCGCUGCGCCCCCUCCCCAACGCCCUAGCCCGCCCCCGCCGCCAGCAUGAGCAACAUCUACAUCCAGGAGCCUCCGACCAACGGCAAGGUUUUACUGAAAACAACAGCUGGAGAUAUUGACAUCGAGCUAUGGUCAAAAGAAGCACCAAAAGCAUGCAGAAAUUUCAUCCAGCUUUGUAUGGAAGGUUAUUAUGACAACACAAUAUUUCACAGAGUUGUGCCUGAUUUUAUAGUGCAAGGGGGAGAUCCCACUGGUACUGGAUCAGGUGGAGAGUCAAUCUACGGGCUCCCCUUCAAGGAUGAAUUCCACUCACGAUUGCGUUUUAAUCGAAGAGGACUGGUUGCUAUGGCAAAUGCUGGAGCUCAUGAUAAUGGCAGUCAGUUUUUCUUCACACUGAGCCGUGCAGAUGAACUUAACAACAAGCACACCAUUUUUGGAAAGAUUACUGGGGACACCAUAUACAAUAUGUUACGACUGACAGAAGUAGAAAUUGACAAAGAAGAAAGACCACUCAAUCCACACAAAAUAAAAAGUAGUGAGGUUUUGUUUAAUCCUUUUGAUGACAUCAUUCCAAGAACAAAUAAAAAGCUGAAAAAGGACAAACCAGGGGAAGAAGUAAAAAAGUCAAAAUCCAAAGGCACAAAAAAUUUUAAUUUGCUUUCAUUUGGAGAGGAAGCUGAAGAGGAAGAAGUGGAAGUCAACAGAGUUAGUCAGAGCAUGAAGGGAAAAAGUAAAAGUAGUCAUGACUUGCUGAAGGAUGAUCCACAUCUAAGCUCAGUUCCUGCUGUUAAAAGUGAAAAAGCAAAUGAAGUGAAAGAUUCAGACGAGGAAGAAGAGGAGGAUCAGGAUGAUGGUGAUAAUGAAGAAGGUGAAAUGGAUAGUUACGAGAAAUAUCAAGUGCAAGAACGCGUAGCUAAGAAGUUGAAAAAAGAUAAAAAUGAAAAUGUUAAGCUACCAUUUAAAGAAGAACCAGAAACUGAAAAGAAAACAACUAGUCGCAGUGAGGAACUACGCAAAGAAGUACGCCAGCUGAAACGUGAACUACUAGAAGCAAAGCAAAAGAGAGAAGAAAAUUCCACAAAAUCAAAAGAAAAGAAAGAUGAAGAGGAAGAAGCUGAUCCAAACAGCAUAGUUACGGAAUAUUUACAGGAGAAGAAAAAGUAUGAAGAUCUGCGGAAGCAGCAGCCAAAGAAAGGGAUAUCUCGUGAAGAGCAGACGCUGGCACUGCUGGACCGAUUCAAAUCAAAGCUGACUCAGGCAAUAGCAGACACUCCUGAAAAUGAAAUGUCUGAACCUGAAGCAGAGGAUGAUGAAGGAUGGAGGAGUAAGUGGAGUCGAUGGAGGAGCCGCGGCAGCCGACUCGCCGCCAUGAGGACGGCCAGGUUGUCACAUGUACUUCAGUUUGAGGACAGAAGCAGAAAAGUGAAAGAUGCAAGCAUGCAGGAUGAAGACACUUUUGAAAUCUAUGAUCCUCGGAAUCCUGUAAAUAAGAGGAGAAGAGAACAAAGCAAAAGGAUAAUGCGGGAGAAAAAAGAAAGGAGAUGAAAUGAAUGUAAAGCUGUCCAGAGCUGGCUUGGAAAGUGUAAUAAAGUAUUGGCCCUUCAAUAGCUGUAGUUCCUAAAAAUAUCACUUUACAAGUGUGAAAAGGAAUCUCUGUUGUCUGAUUUUGAAAUACAGCUAUCUUAUUUGUUUUAUGAAUUGUGCAGUAAAAUAAGCAAAUGCUCUCAGUGCAUAAUCCAAGCUCUCUUUAAACACUUUGAAAUUUUAAUAAACAUAUAAUAGUUUUGGUCAUCGUUUUAAUCAAUGUAUAGCAAUUAAAUACUGAGAAUAGUGUAAUUAGAAGGUAUGUUUUCAAGGCAGUGAAGAAAAGAUAUUUUCCAAAAUGAAAAUGUUAAGGAAUGGAAAAAAAAAUAUUCCCACCAGCUGUACAGGCUUUUUUAAGAUUUAAUUUUUUAAAAUUGUAAGAUUAAAUCCAUUUACAGAUGA